AUGAGGGUCCCAAGGAAGAGUGAUGUCAAGGAAAAGAAGGAAGGAGAAGAGAAGAUGAGUGAAGAUAAAGAAGUUGAAGAAGAGAAGGUUGAUGAGAAAGAGAAGAGUAUGGAGAAAAAGAAGUCUAAGGAUCUGGUGACAUCCUCAACUUCUAGUGAGGCUAGAAAUCUUGAUGGGCCGGUUGUCACACAAAUUCCCUCAUACUCCAAGUUUUUGAAAGACAUUCUCACCAACAAAAGGAAGCUCAAUGACGAGCUUAUCACUCUUCCCCAUAAAGUGAGUGCACUUGUUCAACACAAAAUGCCCAAGAAGCAAAAGGAUCCGGGAAGCUUCACCUUGCCGGUCAAGAUUGAGAACAUGGAAGCUAGGGGUGCGUUAGCCGACCUUGGAGCAAGUGUUAGUUUGAUCCCUCUAUCCAUUGCUCAAAAGCUUAACAUUGAGAUGAUCCCCACAAGGAAAACCAUUCAACUGGCCGAUCGUUCGGUGAAGCUACCUUGUGGUGAGCUUGAAGAUGUCCCUAUUCAAGUUGGGCAUAUCUAUAUGCCUUGUGACUUUGUAGUGAUGGAUAUGGAUGAAGAUGUGGAUACACCUUUGAUUUUGGGCCGUGAAGAUCUUAAUACCUUGGGGCCGUGCUAUAGGGUUGAUGUUGUUAAUGAAGAGCUAGGUCGUUUGGAAAGGGUUAUGAUGAUUCCUCAAGAUCCAAUGGUUGAAGCUCUCACAUGUGAGGAAGAAUACUUCUCUCAAGAAGCAAAGGAGUUUGCUAUGGCCAUUGAAUAA